AUGUCCAUCUUUACUUUCAAACUUAUCGAUUCGAAUUUUUCAAGGCGGGGCGAGAGGUUUCCUGUGAUUGAUCCGGGCUCUGGCACAAUGUGGGCGGAAUGUGCCGAUGCUGCCACGGACGAUGUCGAGUCUGCAGUCCAUUCGGCCCAUGUGGCAUUCGACAGCUACUCCAAAUUUACUCCACGACGGCGAUCACAGCUCCUGUUGAAGUGGCAUCAGCUCAUUGAUGCGGUACGGGAUGAUUUGGCUAAGAUAUUGGUUCACGAGACUGGGAAGCCCCUCGCCGAAGCUGAUGGUGAAAUCGACUACGCCUUAAGUUUUGUAUGGUGGUUUAUGGGAGAAGCCGAUCGCAUCACAGGGACUACGACGACAGCAGCCAUUCAUGGUAGGCGAUCAUUGGUGAUCAAGCAGCCAAUUGGUGUUGUUGCUGGCUUGGUUCCCUGGAACUUCCCAAUAGCAUUGAUGCUCAGAAAAGCCAGUGCUGCUCUAGCUGCCGGCUGUACAAUGAUUGUCAAACCUUCGCCAGAAACGCCUUUCACCGCCACGGCGCUCGCAUGUCUUGCAGUGAGAGCUGGCUUUCCACCUGGGGUACUCAAUGUCAUACCUACUAGUCUCAACAAUACACCCGACUUAGUAGAGGCAUUAUGCCUUCAUCCCGCCGUCAAGAAAGUUACGUUCACCGGCUCAACGCGGGUGGGGAAAAUCAUCUCGGGGCUGUGUGCAAGAAAUCUCAAGAAAGCAACAUUGGAGCUCGGCGGAAACUGCCCUUUCGUCGUGUUCGACGAUGCAAAUCUCGACCAUACCAUUGAUCAACUUAUGGGUCUCAAGUGGAGGCACGCAGGACAGGCUUGUGUUACAGCGAACAGGGUAUACGUGCAAGAUAGCAUCCACGAUGAGUUCAUUCGAAGGCUGGUGGAGAAAACCAAAACUCUGAAAAUUGGUCAUGGCAUGACCGAAAGUACAACAAUGGGUCCUGUCACAACAUCAAGGGGAUUGGAUCAUGCAGAAGAGCUAGUCCAGGAUGCCGUGGCUUCCGGCGCAAAACUCGCUUUUGGCACAGGUCAGCGACACAAGGUUGAAGGAUAUCCAGCAGGGUAUUUCAUGGCUCCAACCAUUUUAACAAACAUGGCCGAUGAUAUGUUCAUGAGCUGUGAAGAAAACUUUGCACCAAUACUUGGUGUGUAUGCGUUUGAGACCGAAAAAGAAGUUGUCCGACGUGCAAACAACACAAGUAUGGGGCUGGCAAGCUACGUAUUUACGAAGGAUGUAGAUCGACUAUGGAGACUCUUCGAGAACCUAGAGGCGGGCAUGAUAGGCUUGAACACUGGCAACUGUUCUGCUGCUGAAACACCGUUUGGAGGAAUAAAGGACAGUGGCAUGGGAAAGGAGAGCGGUAAGGAUGUUGCAAUCAACGAAUUCAUGAUCACAAAGUCUGGCACCUUAACAGUAGAAGGUCAUUACUAA